AUGGCGCUCGGAGUUCAGGGAAAAUGGGUAGAGGGGAGAGUGAACACGAAAGAGAACUGGGCUUUUCUCGCUCGAUUCUGUUUCCUUUCUUUGGAAGGACAGUUCGAAUAUUUGAUAGAGUUUGAACGAGAUGUUGGGACGUUGAACUUGUUGCUUUACUACGAUGAUGAGAGCCAGUGGCCGUCUGUGUACCACAGUACCAAGACUUGCAAGGAACGUGAGGCAGUACUGAACAAAGGUGGACAGAACCAGAUAAUAAAACUAUCGCACUGGUACCCAGACACAGAGUACUCGGGUUGUAUACUCACUCAAGCGAAUAAAGAAUUGCCAGCCGGAAAAAGUUCGACGGCAGUUCCACAAACAACAACGGCAAAAUUAAAGGAUAAGAACACAAAUUCAACCAAAAACGAUUUACCCGCCGAUCCCUCGUAUUACGAUAAAUUUUUAAAAACGACUACCCCAAAACCGAAAUCCACUAUAGUCGAUACAAAUUUCACAACAUGGUACGAACUAUUACCAACCGAUGAAUUUAAUUCUACUACAACUGGGUUGCCGCCUGACGAUGAAUUAUGGGAGAAUAUAGGGCCAGAGAACAAUGCGAGCCGAUUGGAAAAUUUAAGGGAUGUCGAAAUUAUGUUUGAAAAUCAUAGCAACACCGGAAAAAAAAUUAAACGCUCAACAUUUGAACUCUACGAACGAUAUCGUCGACGUAGACUGUAUUCGGAGUCCAAUCAGAACGAGCUUAGCAACUCGAAUGGGAAGACGGUUAAGUUUGUCGUUAGCUGCCACAAUUCUAGAAGGUUCCGCUCGGCGAGGGAACGAUGGUGGUUCAUUGGUAUCAGCAACUGUGACAAUCCGAAGGGACUGGAUGUGCGCUACAAAUUUUUGAUGACGAACGGACCUAGUGGAGAUUUUUGGCAUGAACAUUUUUCGGCUGAUGAAUUUUACGUGCUUCCCAUUCUGUUAGCGUAUACCUUCGCGUACGUGAUAGUCAUGGUGGCAGUGGUGAUGUGCAGCGUGGAACUGAAGUGCCGUCACUUGCUGCACACUACUUACAAGCUGUUCCUGAUGUCUCUCGUCGCCCAGCACGGUGGAGUCGCGCUGCAGGCGAUGGCGAACAUCCGUUACGCGUACAAUGGAAUUGGCAGCACCAGCGCCAAGAUAACAGGUCAAUUUCUUUGCGGGAUAUCGGAGACGACAUUUCUUUUGCUCCUGAUAUUGAUGGCGAAAGGAUAUACCAUCACUCGUGGGAGACUCAAGGUGGCAUUUACCGUCAGGCUGACGAUAUUCAUGUGCUGCUAUGUACUGACGUAUGUGGUGCUGUUCGUUUACCAAGCAAAAGCAUUCGAUCCAGGAGAAGUUCUCUACCUGUAUGAGAGUCCAGCUGGUUAUGGAUUGAUUGUUCUACGCGUGGCUGCUUGGUGCGCGUUCGCUUAUGCAACGUUUUUUACAGUCAAAAAGUGCCCUGAAAAGAACAUGUUCUAUUGCCCAUUUUUUAUCUGUGGCACUUUAUGGUUUUUCGCGGGACCACUGUUUAUACUAACUGCAAAUUCUUAUAUUGAUAAAUGGGUGCGUGAGAGCGUCGUCACGGCUGUUCUGCUGUUCAUAACUUUCUGUGGUCACGUCAUGUUCUUGUUGUUGACUCUGCCUGUGUUCGCGAACAAAAAUUUCCCGUACCACGUGCGAACAACACAAAUUGGAGUUAUGGAGGUGAGCCGCAGCACCAAUUUAGACAGGUUUGGGCCCACGGCUUAUCAUCCCAGCGAUGGGCCAGCCCAGACCGUUAUCAUACCGCUAACUAGGCGAACAGAAGAAUUAAUAGAUAAUAUGUACAGUCAAUACAUGGCGACAGCGCCGCCAUUGUCGUUAGAAAAUGAUACGUCAAAAGUUAACAGGAUAAAGAGAACAGAAAGUAACACUAAAAACGGACUCACGCCUCUCGCAAGCACGGAGACAAACUCUUCAGAUGAUAUAAACCCUUCAAUAAGCGAUAAAGAGGUUUUCACUAUAGACAGUCAAAUGUCUAAAAUUGAGCAAAAUGCGAGGGAAAACGAAGUGUCGAAUCAGUCAGUGUUGCCAGACAACGAGAAUUUAACAAGCUUAGGGAAUGGAGACAACGAUACGAUGGAUUUACCCGUGAUUUUAAGGUCUAAAAGAAAUAUUUUAGCGCCUAUACAGAGAGAUGUUCCGAUAUGGUCGUUGGCUAAAGGCCCGUGUGUUGUGGCCAUGCAGUUGAAAACGUCUACAAGUGUAAACGAAGAAGAUAAUCAGCAAAAUCCAUCAAACGGCAAAAGACCUUCGCUCCGUAGUUCACAAUCAAAUUCUGGAGAUAUGAGCACAAUACACGAAGGUCGAGAGAAGAAAUAUGUUCGUACGCCAACGGAUAUUUUCACUGUACCAACUAGAGAGUAG